AUGGAUGAGACCGGUGUCAAGACAAAUGCAUGUUUGCCCGGGCUUGGUAUCGCUUUGCCUGUUGACCGGAGCUGCAGUUGGUAUAAAACAGAUAUCGACUGCGGUGCUGGUUUGGAGAAUACCGCGCUGCAAGGGGGUCCAGGGCGCCUGCAGCACCAACCAUUACAUCAACGUCAUCACCCUUGGUGGCAUGGGACGCAGCAGCCUCGCAGCCGGGACCAAGGUCAGGGCCGCGGCUUUCAUGUACCAGCAGAUCAAGUCAGGGAUGAAUACCUUCGCUUUCCUGAUUACUCCACCACCGCAUUUAAGGUCGAAAUUGAUCGCCGGCUCCGGCCUGUGGUCCUUGCCGUACACAAAAGAGAGGAUUGCCCUCUGCCCCUCGUGGGCCUGACGAAGCCCCGCCAUGGUACGAGUGCUGGAGACGCCGCCGCCGCCGGUGGCCAUGGCGGCGGCGGGAGUGGAGAGCGUGCGCAUCGCCAACGGGAGACGCAUAUUGUACGAGGACGGGAAGAUGCACCUCAAAGUAUGAUUGACUUCAUCUUCGCGAAGAAUAUGCCGGCGGUGGGAGUGAUGGCCAGUCCGCUGGCGAGCAGUCGUGGCGAUGGUGACGGAUGCGGCGGCAGCAGCAGCAGCGGUGGCGGUGAUGCGGCGCCAGUGUUGCCUCCGCCGGCACCACUGAUUAUCCUCGCGAAUGAGGGUGCCUGGCGUGAUAGCCGCGUCAUCCACCUCAAGGCGCCGGUCAGCAACGUAACCGAGUAUUUACGAGUGCUCCGUAUGCAGCUUGCAAAGCAUCGAUUCUUUAUGACCACCCAUGGCAACGACACUGAAAUGAUCAAAAAUGAUCUCCACAAGCGUCACACCGAAUUUACUGCCAACUACUCGACACCUUGCCUGCAAUCCAUCAUCUCAAACUUCAGUCCCCUCCCUGACGCUCAGGACCUGCUCGAGUCCCGGUCGGAGCUGUUUUUUCGGGUCCCGGACGAGAAGCGCAAGCUUGGGGCCGUGUGGUACGGCUGCCGCCAGCUGCCCCGGCUAGUGGCGACCCUGCCUGGCCGUUCAGUGAACGGGCUGAGCUUGGAAGAGGCGCUGGAGUGCAUGGAGACUCUGUGGGGCUCGGAACUGAGGAAUGGGUUGUUUGAGUCCAUCAAGGGGGAGAAAAAUACUGCGGGACUGGCCUGGGCGCUUGUGCCCUGCUUCGCCUGA